UAGAAAUUUUAAAGUUUUAACUGCUUAAAGUGAGAUUUUUUUCUGCAGCUGUGCUUUGCAAACAAGAAUAUAUAAAUUAAGUUGCAACUUUAGUAUAUGGAGGCAAAAUGCAGCCUAACCUAGUGAAUACCAGUUCCAUACACUACAAAAAUAUUUUACUGAGGAAGUUAUCUUGUGCAGUGAUCAGCAGUGUUCUAUCUCAGUUUAUAAUAUUGAUACUUUACAUAUUCUGCCUACAACUCAAUAUCUUUUCCCCACUGGAUGCUGUUUACAAUGUCUUCAAUACAUUCGCAACAUUCACCACAUGGCUCUACAUAGUCCCAUUCUCAAUCAUAAUUUUUGCACAAAGUUUAAUAUGUGCAAAGGAUUAUAUUGUCCAUACAAAAUACUGCUCAACAAGAUUCCAAAAAGCAAAGCAAAUGUUCUCUGUGCAUAAUUUGUUCCUACUUGUAUUGCAUGUAAUUGUUGGGUUUGUAUGUGUGUGGUUAUUCUCAGCAUUCCGCUCAAAAGAUGAAGAUGACACCUGCAAUGGGAAACUGAAUUGCAUGUCACAAAACAGUUUCUACUUCUAUUUACUCGGAGCAUGGACUGGUUGUUAUUACUUCUUGAGCAUUUACACAUCCGAAAAGAAAAUAAUGUUCCCAGUGGCACAGCAGAAGAAAUGGUUACAGUUCAAAGCUAACUUUACACAAAUAUUGAAGACAAGCAAUAAUUCAGCCAUGUAUCCUAUAAUUUACUUUGUCAUUUUCUAUUUCUUUUUGGGAAAGAAAAUGGAAAUGGCGUUUAGCUCCACCUUGAUGAUAUCAAUUGAAAAGACUGAAGGAAACAUGUACAUUUAUAUGUUUACAUGGGUUUUUGGAACUAUGAUUUUCUUCUAUUUGAAUCUCAUGACGUUUUUCUACGAGAUGUUUUUAACGGAGCCAUUGCAUUUUAACAUCGUGCCAAUGAACCCUGAAGAUUUCACCCUCGGAGAUGGCAUUUCCGCCAACGUGCCUAUCGUUCAACAUUUAGCUUGUUACGACUUGUUCGUCGUCUCCGGUUUACGCAAAGAACGUAGAGAAGUGCUGUUCACUCUAUCACAACCCGGCGGACAUCCGCACAACUGGAACAAUUUAAUCGAAAAGCUGUUGAAGAUACUGCGAGAUUACACGGAGCUCCUGAAUAAAUCCACAAGUUCUAUUUUGGUUCCCAAAAAUCAACAUGUGAACGAGCAUAUGUUACACAAUAAAACUAUUAAUUUCGAAAAGUUGAGGAACAUGGCGCAGCCCAGCGAGUUUACCGUUCAGAAUGUAACUGUCGAAAAUAAGAUGGAGAAUUUUAGGGAAUAUGUGCACAAGAAAAUGGAUAUCCUUAAGGAGAAGUUGGGUAUCAAUUUCAUCUUCGGCGAAUUACCGGAAGCCAGUAUUCAAAAGUGUCUGGGCGAUGGUCAAGUUAUAAUGUGGAUUACACAGAGCUUGUCUAGUCUGAGCGUUGCUUCCUUGAAGGAAGACAAGUAUGGAAUCGUGCUGAAAGAUUUGCCGGUCAUUAUUAGUUGCUUGGUUGAGCUGAAGCAAAGCAUGGAGAAGUUGAAUCGCGUCCCAGCAUUGAACCGCAAAGGUCCUGGCAUGGAUGAUUUCAAUUACAGGAUGAAAUUGGGCGUGACGAGCGCGGUACGACGAAGCUUAUAUAAUAUUUGCUUCCACUUCGGGCCGUACUUGAAGGAUCUGAACUUGAAAAAGGAGAUCCUUGUUCAACUCAACGGAUUCGUGCAACCCAAGUGCUGAGAAUAACUGUUGUGAAUAAGUGGUUAUUAAAUUAUUGUUAUUAUUAUUAUGUAUGUGUGACUAAUA